CAAAAACUUUUACACAGCUCGUUUGCUGAACACAAUGAAUAAAAGAAUUAUAUUGAAUGGAGAAGAAGCAUUUGUGGUUCCCAGUAUUUUUAAUUGUAACAUACACAUCGUUACUUUUCAAAAAAACUAUCCAUAUAAAAAACUUCUCAAUAAAGAUAUAAAAUGGCCAAUGCAGUCGAAGAAACAUUAGAUUUGGUUAUUAUUGGAGCGGGAUGGUCUGGUCUUCUUGCCUGCAAAUAUGCAAAAGAAGAAAACUUAAAAGUGAGAGUUCUUGAAACGAGAGAUGAUUUAGGAGGAGUUUGGAACUUCAGUCCGGACCCUAACGUUGUUACUGUAAUGAAAAAUACAUGCACAACCUCGUCAAGUUCUGUUACAGAAAUAAGUGACUUUCCCAUGCCAAGUAAAAUAGGCAACUUUCCAAAACACAGCGAUAUAUGGGAAUACUUGAAUAGCUAUGCUAAGAAACAUGAUUUACGAAAAAACAUUCAUUUUAGUUGUCGAGUUUCAAAAAUAUUUAAAGAAAAUGGAGUGUGGAUUAUUUGUACUGAAUUAAAUUUUACUUACUACGCAAAAAAUUUAAUGAUCUGCACGGGUGUUCAUCAAAAAGCUAAUCGUAAAUUAGAAGAAACUUUAUUUAAAAACUACACUGGCGAGCUCCUUCAUUCAGGGUGUUUAAAAGAAUUUCGCAAAGAGCAUCAAGAUCUACGCAUUAUGGUUUUGGGUGGUGGAGAAACAUCUAGUGAUGUUUUGGAUGAGUGGUAUCCCCAUGUUAAAUCAAUUGUUUGGUGUAUUCCUCGUGGUCAACACUUUUUCCGAAAGUAUGCUAAAUUGCUCCCACACCGUGAACCGCAAGCACUCGACAAAGCUUCUUCAAGAGCUUUGAAACUUAUAUCACCUCAAACAAAAGGAAAACCAGGGCUAGCGUGGAUAUGUCGAUGGACCACCAGCGGGUCUUUAUUGGCUUAUGAAGGCCAUGGUAUACCUGAGUUUAGAAGCAACAACCAGUUUUUUCAUGCCUUUAUUAAUAAACAUGCGCAUGUACUAGAUUAUAUCGAUUACAAAAAAGUUAUUCCUAAAGGCCCUAUUGAUAAAGUUGUAGGAAAAGAAGUUUUUUUUGCUGAUGGUACAAGCGCAGAGGUUGAUGUUAUCAUUCAGUGUACUGGAUACCAAGUUGACUUUCCAUUUUUGCCAGAUGCCUACAAAUGUAAUUUUUCUGAUCUUUACAAGCUUGUUUAUGAUGUCAAUGAUACUUCAUUGUCAUAUAUUGGAUACGCUAGACCAGUCAUUGGUUCUAUUCCUGGAAUGGCUGAAAUGACAUCCAGAUGGGUAGUUCGAGUAAUCGCUGGUCAUGUAAAACUAGCAACUUUUGAGGAAAGAGCACGAGUAGUAGAAGAAGAUAAAAAAUAUUGGGAACAGUACUUUCAAACAACCUCAAGAAGGAUCACAACUUUGGUUGAAGCUUAUACUUAUAUCGAUUCUAUAGCUAAGCUUAGCAAUUGUUAUCCGGAUUACUGGGCACUUUUCAAAAAAAGUCCUAAAGAUUUUUUUACUGCAUAUUUUGCACCGUAUAACGGCUGCUGUUAUCGACUAAACGAGCCUGAUCAUUGCGAACAAGCUUUAAACACUUUGCGGCAUCACAGUAAAGGAACAAUUACCCCCUGGAAUUUGUUGACAAUUUUGUUUUUUCGGAUUAUUAUGUUUGAUUGGUUUUGCGACAUUCUUUGUAACAUUAAGUAUAAAAUGCAAACAAGUCCAUUAAUCCGAUAUGUUCAAAAAUGGAGGGUUAUUCGAUUUCUAGAUUACAUUUGGUGUACGCCUAAACGGCUUUUGUUUGAUAACAGAAGUAAACCACGCUAAAGAAAAAAACUAUUUAUAAUAAGAUACAAAUAAAUUACUUUAAACAA